AUGCCUGACCACAAAAAGAAAGGCAAGAAGGCCGGCGCCGCCAAAAAUGACUCCGGCUCGGUGAUCACCGACCCCAGAUUCGCCAACAUCCAAACCGACCCUCGCUACCGUCUUCCCAGCAAACGCCAAACCCAUGUUAAGCUCGACAAGCGUUUUGCGCACAUGUUGCGCGACAAGGAUUUCUCCCGCAACGCCGCAGUCGAUAGGUACGGCCGGAAGCUCGCCAGCGAUGACACCAAGAAACAGCUCGAGCGAUUCUAUCAGCUGGACGAGGAUGCGCAGGAGGGAGAGGAAGAUGAAGAAGAAGGCGAGGACGAGGAGGACGAUGGUCUUGAAAAUGCCAGCGUUGCAGAUGACGAGGAGGUGCUUAGAGAGCUGAGAAAGGCAGAGUCGUACGACCCGGCGAGAGAUGGAGGAUUCGACGAGUCUUCGUCCUCGGAGGAGGAGAGCUCCGACGAGGAAGAUGAGGACGAAGAGGAGUUCGAAGGGUUUGGCGAGGAGCUGGAAUAUCCUGAUAAGCAGCGGGCGGAUGUUCCUACUGGCGAGGUUACGGAUCGCAUUGCGGUGGUAAAUCUGGAUUGGGAUAAUAUCCGCGCGGAGGAUUUGAUGGCUGUCUUCUCCAGUUUUGCGCCGACUGGUGGGAGGGUGUUGAAGGUCGCUGUUUAUCCCAGUGAGUUUGGCAAGGAGCGGAUGGAGAGGGAGGAGACGGAGGGGCCGCCUAGGGAGAUCUUUGCGUCGAAGAAGGGUGGUGACUCUGAUGAUGAGGAUGAACUCGACUCUGAUGAGGAGGAAGAGAAGAUCAAGCAAUCUAUGCUGAAGGAGGAUAAAGGCGAGGAGUUUAACUCGACACAGCUACGGAAGUAUCAGUUGGAGCGCCUACGUUACUUCUAUGCUAUCUUGACUUUCUCGUCCAGGGACGUGGCAAAGCACGUUUACGAUUCCGUCGACGGUGCUGAGUACUUGUCUAGCGCCAACUUCUUCGACCUCCGCUUUGUGCCUGAGGACACUGACUUCUCUGACGAUACGCCCCGCGACGAGUGCACACGCAUUCCCGAUGGGUACCAGCCGAACGAGUUCGUUACCGAUGCGCUGCAGCACAGCAAGGUCAAGCUGACCUGGGAUAUGGAGGAUAAGUCGCGCAAGGAAGCUCAGGCUCGGGCCUUCCGUGGUAGUCGCAAGGAUAUCGACGAGAACGACCUGAAGGCUUAUCUGGCUAGUGAUAGCUCCGAUGAUGAGGAGGAUGAGGGUGGUGUGGAGAUUGUUGAUACUACGCGCGGGGAUGGGGAGACAAAGAAGGUGUCUAAGAAGGAGGAAGAGAAGCAACGUCUCCGGGCUCUACUUGGUCUUGGUGCGGAGCCUACGCCUUCGUCCAAGUCCGAUGGUCCUGUUGGUGAGAUGGAGGUUACCUUCACUUCCGGUCUGGCUGGUGGCCCUAAGGGCGACAGCAUCUUCGAGAAUGAGCCUGAGAAGGAUGAGACUACGAUCGAAAAGUACAUUCGCAAGGAGCGUGAGAGAAAGAAGCGCAGAAAGGAGAAGCUCAAGGCUACCAAGCGUGGUGAGGAUGGCGAGCAGGAGGAUGAUGCCGCUGAUGCCUCGGAUGCUAAGGAACAGCCCCAGGAGGACGACUUGGGCUUUGACGAUCCCUUCUUCGACGACCCUAGUGGCAAGGCUACUGCUGCUGCUCGUCGUAAGGAAGAGAAGCGCAAGAAGCGGGAGGAGCGUGCAGCGGAGGAAGCUGCGGCCGCAGCUAAGCGGGCGGAGCUGGAGCUACUCAUGAUUGACGACAACAAGCCUGGCAUCAAGCACUUCGAUAUGAACGAGAUUGAAAAGGCGGAGAAACAAGCUCGCAAGAAGAACAAGAAGGGCAAGAGUAAGGGCAAGCAAGUUGAAGCUCCUAAGGACGACUUCGAGAUGGAAGUCACCGAUCCUCGUUUCGCUCGACUCUACGAGAGCCACGAGUUCGCCAUCGAUCCUACCAACCCCCGAUUCAAGGCGACUUCGGGUAUGAAGGCUCUGUUGGAGGAGGGUCGCAAGCGACGCAGGGAUCGGGAUGAACAUGCAGACGAGGAGGAUGCUCCUCGUGAACAAAAGAAGAAGCAGAAGAAGAGUGCGUCCAAGGAGGGCGGAUCGGAUGAUCUGAAGAAGCUGGUCGAAAAGGUGAAGCAAAAGACCAAGCGCAACUGA